GUUCAGCAAAUUUCGUAUAAAUUCUCAACUUUGGGCCAGGUGUAGCGGGCAAUUUGUCUCACAAUCUCAUUUUAGAAUAAUGCCUGCUGUCGAGGAAGCGAAAAUAAUCAAAUUUCUAUCCAAGUAUAAAUAUGUCGACGUCACUAAGAAAGAUGUGAUAGAUGUUGUCACAACGUACCGAAGUCUGACCUACGACCUGCAAAAGUUUGUGUUCAAUGAUGGAAGCUAUAAAGAUCUGUUUACCCUGCAGGGCACCAUACCGGUUGUCUACAAAAAUAACACCUACUACAUUCCCAUAUGUAUAUGGCUGAUGGACACUCAUCCGCAGAACGCGCCUAUGUGCUUUGUGAAGCCCACACCUAGCAUGCAUAUAAAGGUGUCCAUGUAUGUGGAUCACAAUGGAAAAGUAUAUCUGCCGUACUUGCACGACUGGCAGCCGAACUCUUCGGAUCUGCUAUCCCUCAUACAGGUCAUGAUUGUGACAUUCGGCGACCAUCCGCCAGUGUACUCGAAUCCCAAGGAACAACAAUUGGCUACGCCAUAUCCACCAAAUGCUUACAUGCAACAAUCGGGAGGUGCUGGGGCCAGCAACUCCUUUCUGCCUUAUCCUACAGCCAGUGGUGCGAGCGGUGGCAACUUUCCGCCCUAUCCGACAGGUGCUAAUUUCGGACCCUAUCCACCAGGCGGAUCGGGGGGCAAUGCCGCCGGCUAUCCGCCCUACAUGAAUUUCCCACAACAGCCUGGCAGUUACCCACCUGCUGGGGGCUACAACCCAUCGGCGAUUCCCAGCUCGACGGGCACCAUUACCGAGGAGCACAUCAAGGCUUCACUCAUCAGCGCUGUCGAGGAUAAGCUUCGCCGUCGCAUACAGGAGAAGGUAAAUCAGUAUCAGGCCGAAAUCGAAACGCUGAAUCGCACCAAACAGGAAUUGGUCGAGGGCAGCACGAAGAUUGAUUCCAUCAUAUCGCGCCUCGAGCGCGAGCAGGUGGACCUGCAGAAGAACAUUAACGUAUUACGCGACAAGGAGCAGGAGUUGGAGAAGAGUCUGGAGACGCUCGAGAAUGCAGAAGCCAUUGAUCCGGACGAGGCCGUGACCACAACGGCACCACUUUACAGACAAUUACUCAAUGCCUAUGCCGACGAGGCUGCCACAGAGGAUGCCAUUUAUUAUCUGGGCGAGGGUUUGCGCGGCGGGGUCAUCGAUCUGGAGACCUUCCUCAAGCACGUCCGCACACUCUCGCGCAAACAGUUCAUCUUGCGAGCCACAAUGCAAAAGUGUAGACAAAAGGCUGGACUCGCCGGCUAGUUUCCGGAUACGACGUCAAUAAUAGCUUCUUUUUUUUCAAUAAGCCGCAGUUAUUAUAAUUUUUCGAUUGAUUGCAACUCUGGGGUGCAUCAAUACACAUGAUUGAUAUGUUAACAUAAUAUAUUCGAUAUUGUUUCAAGCGCAAAUUAAAUCUUUGAAAUUACAAUAAAAGGCCACACGUACGUUCACGCCCACGA